AUGAGCGCGGCGCCGGCGCCCGAGCGCGGCUGGAAGAGCGAGAAAGUGGACGAGGCGCAGGCCCUGGCGCGGACUUGCGCCGCCCGCAGACCCGACUUCCAGCCGUGCGACGGGCUGUCCAUCUGUGCCACGCACAGCCACGGCAAGUGCUUCAAGCUGCACUGGUGCUGCCACCUGGGAUGGUGUCACUGCAAAUACGUGUAUCAGCCUAUGACCCCGGUGGAGCAGCUCCCAAGCACUGAGAUCCCUGCGCAGCCUCGAGAACCUGCAAACACCAUUCAGAUCUCAGUCUCGCUUACUGAGUACUUUUUGAAAUUCGCACCUGUCUUCCAGCCUCCCCCUGCCCCUGACUCACCCAGGUACUGCACCAUUUCAGACCUCUUCACCGACAGCUACCAGGUUAGGUGUGUUAAUGGGAAGAUGUGCUAUGUGCAGAAGCAGUCGGCGCCCCAUUCCCGUAAGAUGAGCCCUGAGGAGGUCUCAGCACACGACGCCUUAACUUCAAAAGAGAGCAAUACACCAAAAAUCGACCACUGCUCUUCUCCCUCAAGUUCUGAGGACUCGGGGAUCAAUGCGAUCGGGGCUCACUAUGUGGAAUCGUGUGACGAGGACACGGAGGAAGGAGCAGAGCUGAGUUCAGAGGAAGAGUACAGUCCAGAGAGCAGCUGGGAACCGGACGAGUGCACCCUUCUCUCCCCAUCACAGUCUGAUCUCGAAGUGAUUGAAACGAUCGAAACCACCGUGUGAAAGUCCAGCCCCGAACUGCAGCCUCUGAUUCCCACUGAGCUUUUUGUACUUUUGUUUGACGGGUCCUUUUCCAACGCCUUUGGUAUUUUCUAACCUCCUUUACCAACCAUAGAAGUCUGUUGAUUAGCACCACUCUUAAAUGAGUCUUAUAACUAAGACGUUCUUUUUAUUACAAAUGCUUUUUCUUUUGUAUCUUGACUUACUUUCGAUGUAGCAUCUGGUGUCAUGAAUUGUGACUUAGCCUUAAUUUCAUUGGGAACUUGGAGAGCGGUGAAGUGAUGAUCAUGGAGUACCAUGCAUCAGAUGGAGGGGCUGUGCACAGUGAAGAUGAUCAUAUUUACAAAUAGCCUGUCCUCAGAGAGAUGCUUGGCUUCCUUUUGACACAUUCAUGACACCCUUAUCCUGCUAGUCCGGGGUGGGAGAGGGCUAGCUCACUUAGGGGAACAGUGUGGACUGGCCAAUACCACUCCUACCUUUUCCCCUUCUUCCGCCCACCUGCAUUGGCCCUGGAGCAGCGCUGCCUCGGUGUACUUUUAGGAGGUUGCUGGAGGCCAGUGUGGCCUCGGUACUGGUCGUGUCUGCACAGCCCUCUGUGGCUGGGACGGAGCUAGAUCUUCACAGGAGGAGAUGGACCUCUCCAGUUUCACAUGUGGUCCAGCUGUAGCUGAGCUUGCACAUGCUGUCGGGAGGUGGGGUUUCAGAGUGGCUCAGACCUGGUUCCCUCCACAAAGAGGCCUAUAUUCCAGUAAGGGACAUGAGUCAUGUAGCUCACAGUACCCAAAAAUCUCUGGGAGCCAGGGGGAGGAGAGAUGAACUUGGGUCAGGCUAGCUGGGAACGAUGUUGCAGCAUUGGAACUGGCCUCUUGGGUGGGCUCCCCGUCAUUUAUCCCCUUCCUUUCUUAAUGUUCUUCACACCUGUGGGGGACAUUUAGGAAGCUAUCUACAUGUUUAUAUUUAGGAGGCAGCCACACCUACCAUCCUAAGAAAAAAAUCAGUAGUUUUAGUUAGCAUGGAAAUGCUAAGACAGAUGUCCUUUAGGGAUUAGGAAUGAAUCUAAUAGGUUUGAUUAAUUCUGCUUCAUUUGGCUGUAUGAAGCAUUAGAAUGGCUUAGAUGAGAAAUGGGUUAGAAUUCCAUAUAAUGCAUGGAUUUUUUAUGCAAAUGCAAAAAAAUUGAAAUAGUUCCCUGAUAAGUCAGGAGAAAGUAUCUUAUGUGGUAUCCAUUCACUCUACUACACUGAUACUCACCACUCCUAAUGUACAUGCAUUUCUACACACACACACACACACACACACACACACACACACACGCACACACCCUUUUCUUAGCUCUCCUCAGAAUUCUAAUCUGAAUUUGUACUUGGUACUCUGUUGUGAACUGGUUAUCUGCCAUGUCUCCAAAUCUCCCAAUCUUUCCAUAGAACAGGUUAGGAAUCCAGGAACUUUAAAAUAUGACUUCAUGGAAUGAGAACCCUCAGAGUUGCUGAGAGAAGGACUUCCUUAACCCUAGCCAUCGUGUGAGCAUGCCCUGUUGGCAUUAUGGCACAGCCCUUCGCUGUCACCCUUGUUUGCACUUUAGAAAAGGAGGGCUCCAUCGUGUGCUUCUCUGAGCCCUCCCUUUGGUGUCCUUCACAACGUCCUCAAGGGAAAAUUAGCUUUCCUAGCUGGAUGUAUAGUUCCACUGACUUACUAGAACUUUUUAUUAGAUUUAUGUAUCCAAAACAUCCCUAGGGUUUAGAGGGCAGAAUAUACAGCUUCCUUUGAAAACAGCAUUACUUAAAACCUUCUGUGCUAAGUGAGAAUGCAGCAUAAAAUCUCCACUUCAUCAAAUGUAAAGACUUAAGUCAAACCAGGAAGGAGCAGCCAGGCAGAGGAUAGGGCAGGUGGAAUGGGUAUGUCCUCACCAGAGACUCUCCCUCCUGGUGUGGUGUGGCCUGGGGACAUCUGAUGAGCCCUACCUGAGGUUUGUGAUCUUCCCUUCAGCAAAUGGCCAACUAAACACUGGCAUGGGAACCAGAUGUCAGCAAGCACACAUCCCUUGCCCUGCACUCAGGGCUGUAAAGGCAACACCAGAGUCCUCUCUACACCUUUCCUAUCAACUUUGAAUUAUGGGCCACUGCCACAUAAUUAAACCACUGUAAGCACAGUCUAUAGCCAGGGCUUCAAAGCUCUGGAAACACAUCAUGGAGUCAUGUUUUUCAAAUUUGGGUACACACCAGGGUUGGGCCCUUUAUCAAUAAUAUCUGUGACUUUGGUCCAGGUUCCUGUUUUUUAAGCUGAACUGCCACUCUGAUUAGCCACCAUUGUAAUGGACUCUUGGGAUUUAAUAAUGAUUGAUAAUCACACUUUCAAUAUUUGCACAAUCUCUUUAUAAUUAAACUCAUUAAGCUUCACUUACUUUUUUUAUAGAAUUGGAGAUGUUCCAUUGGAUUCUAAAUAUCAGAUAGUCCUGGAUCUCAAAACAGCCUUUUCUGACUAAGCACAAACAGGAGGCUUUUUUUUUCUCCUAGCACUACUCAUGCCAGUAAUGCUCUGAAAUAUGAUUAAGACAGAGUGAUUUCUCUAUGCUUGCAAUCCAAAAUCAAUUGAGAAAAAAUAUAAAAAUGUAUAGUUUCAACUUAAAUUCUAGGCCUAUUCUGUUCUGUGUCAUAUGGAAGACCUCUGUAAUCCUGGUAUGAUAUUGCUAAUUCGUAUAAGCAUAUUAAUAGGCAUUUAGAAAUAGACUGUACCGUGUACUAUAAAUGUAAGCACAGUCAUGUUCACUAGACGUUUGACUAAUAAUUGUACAGCGAGAGAUAGGACCUCAUGGAAUGCUUUCUUGGAACAAGGGCUGGGCCAUGUGGAUGGAUACACCGCUCUCAGGCUUUUGUGGAAACUUGGCACUGUUGUCACUUUUUGAAAGUCACUAUAAAAGCUAUUAGGACAAAGCUCAAUUCUACUAAAUAUGAAAUAGUUUCUUAUCUAACCAAGAUUUUAAGUUUCAAGUAUGUUUAUAACUUUUCUGGAAAAUGACAAAGCUAUUAAGGUGCAUUUGUGGUGAUAACUAUUUGGUAUAUUUUAAAAAAUAAGGCUUUACCAAGUCUAGCUAUUUUUUACCUUGUAUUGUUUAAGACACAAAAUGAGACUUUGAGGACAACCUUGAAGAAAAUCAGUUGCUUUCCUGGAAGGGGGAAGACUCACAGCUCAAGAAUAUUUUACAUAAAAAUAAAACAAAAACAAAACCUCCGGGCGUGAAAUCAAGCACCCGGUUGUUUCUGAUGCACGUUUCUGAUCUGGUCUAGGUCUUGGUCUUGAGGGGUCUUGGCCGUGGUUUACUCUUUAACCCCCACUGCCCUGCCUGCUUGAAGCAUCGCAGCUCUUUGGGACUGAUCAGGACAAAUUCCUCUUAGACACGGUUAAUUGUGCAUCCGGGGAAUAGGAUGCAACCAGACACCCGAGAAACAGAUCAAAAAAAGCUGCCAGGUAAGUAUGGUAAUGUAGACAGUACCAGACAAGAACAAAAGCACAAAUUACAAACCUGUUUUUGCACUGAACUCUUGAUUAUUCCCAUUCCCAAAAUUUCAGUGUUUUGGCUUUUUACUUGAAGACAGUAGUUGAACUGUCUUUUCCCAUAUCCAGAGGUGCUGGGAGCCAGGACAGAGGAAGAAGGCUGGUUAUUCUUUAGGCUGUAGGGGAGAGUGCGGCUGCACUUUCCGCGGAGGAGAGGAUAUGCAGGCAGGAAGGCAAGUAGGAGCCCCCCUUAUCAGUGCUGCAUGGCCCAAGGUUGUCGCUCUCAGAUCUCAGUGUAGUACAAGGGCGUUUCUCCAGAUUAACUCACCACUGUCAGAUGAUCGCUGCUCCUUGUCGUGACUGUGGUACCUGAGCAUGGGACGUAUUGGGGAAGAAUCCGAUCAGGCCCUUGCCAGGCAGGACUGGCCGCAAGCCCGUGGCCAGUGGGGCUUCUGAAUCACUGGGUCAGCACCGACGCUGAAGGCCGCUCGUAGCUUGCGAUGUUCACAUGCUGUGCUGUUUUUAAAACCUAUUUUAAAGUUUUAAGCACAAUGUUGACUUUUCAGUAAUUUCCUAAAACUAGAUUCUGUUUUCCUAUGACAGCUCAACUCUCCUUUCACGUGUAAUACUUUAGGAAAAUGCUACAUUGUUAAAUAAAUGUGACUUUUCUUUUA